AGUCCCGAAUGAGACACAUUCUGGUGCUUUUACCGAUUCAACUCCUCUUGAUUUCUUCCCAAUACAUUAACAUCUGAUACCCCCCAUAUUCAACCCAUAACAUAUGGUUUCUUGAUGACGCAGAACCUCUCAUCAACCGUAGACGCAAGUGAGAUUUGCACAUUACCUCUUUCGCAGCAUCACUUUUCAUUGCUUAUCCCCUUCGUCAGCCACCGCCGGCGGCCCGUCCACAUGAUGAGUCUGCAGACGGCAACAGAGGCGGGAAGACGAACCAACCCUUUCCCAUCCUCUUCCCGCGCGGCGCGGACGGGAGGGCUCAACCGAGCCUUGCUAAGGUAUGACCGCUCUGGAAGCUGGUUCCAUCACGGACGUCAUGAAAGCUUAACAGCAGCUCUCGUGAAGAACUACCGGCAAAGAGGAUUCGAUAUUGAACUCGGCGACGCCGUGAAAGUCGCGACGCCGGCCAAUCGCAGAGACAGCGUACACUGCAAUCCCCCAUGCCUACUUGGUACUUACCACCCCUUGAGACAUGCAGCCCUCUGCAGCUUGUUCGGCCGGGGUGUGUGAGAAGAGCGGGGUUCGGUCUCUCUCUCUCUCUCUUUCCCUUCUUUCCCCCAUCCCUUCCUCCUACGGAUACGGAAUCCGUCAGGCCAACCUGCGGAGCCAACUUGAUCCUCCCGAACAGAAAUGACAAAGUUUUGGGCGGGCAGAAUGGCAGGAGAUGAGGCUCUGCGAGCUAUUGGGGCAAGAUCCUCUCCGGGUCAAGUGGAUUCCCCUCUUCCUCUAGCACGAUUCGACACUCGACG